AUGCUCAUCAUCUCGUCUCGCAGUGCGCUGCUGUCCGUCUACUACCCACAGAUCUUCCUCAUCCUCACCAGCGGUAGCUACCUGGCGCUGUCCUCUGUGGUAGCUCUGGGUGCGAACAUCAUCUGCAACAAGAUACCAGGUUUGGCCCCCCGUCAGAGGGCCCUCUGUCAGACUCGCCCCGACGCCAUCAUCGUCAUCGGCGAAGGCGCCCAGCUGGGAAUCAAUGAGUGUCAGUACCAGUUCCGCUACGGCCGGUGGAACUGCUCAGCCCUGGGCGAGAGGACUGUCUUUGGACAAGAGCUGAGAGUAGGCAGCAGGGAGGCAGCAUUCACAUAUGCCAUCACUGCAGCCGGGGUUGCCCAUGCAGUGACUGCAGCUUGUAGCCAAGGCAACCUGAGCCAGUGCGGCUGUGACCGCGAGAAGCAGGGCUACCACGACCAAGAGGAGGGCUGGAAGUGGGGAGGCUGCUCGGCCGACGUUAAGUACGGAGUGGAGUUCUCGCGGCGCUUUGUGGACGCCCGAGAGAUCAAGAAAAACGCCCGCCGGCUGAUGAACCUGCACAACAAUGAGGCGGGACGAAAGAUCCUAGAGGAGAGGAUGAAGCUGGAGUGCAAGUGUCACGGUGUAUCUGGUUCCUGCACCACUAAGACCUGUUGGAUCACCCUGCCCAAGUUCAGAGAGAUCGGUUACUUGCUGAAGGAACGCUACAGCGAAGCAGUUCAAGUAGAGCCUGUCCGGGCCUCGCGGCUCCGCCAACCCUCCUUCCUACGUCUCAAAGAGGCCCGGGGCUACCAGAAGCCCACGGACACAGACCUGGUCUACCUGGAGCGCUCGCCCAACUACUGCGAGGAGGACACAGCCACAGGAAGCACAGGGACAAGAGGCAGACUUUGCAACGGCACCUCGACCCACACAGACAGCUGUAAUGUGAUGUGCUGUGGCCGGGGUUACAACACGCACCACUACACACGUGUCUGGCAGUGCAACUGCAAGUUCCACUGGUGCUGUUUCGUGAAGUGCAACACCUGCAGUGAGAGAUCGGAAGUUUUCACCUGCAAGUAG